AUGGCCACAAAGCCCUGCAGGAUAUCCGCACCGCCAGUGCUGGACGCGGAGGCGCCUUCAUGCACAAGUUCCUAUUACAGCUUCUGCCCAAGCCAUGGGUGGCGAGUCUGUGUGUUGGAUCCAUACGAGAUCAGUAUCAUGAGUGGCGGCGGCGCUCGACCGGGCAUUGAUGCCGAUGCGGUGUUGGACUCAUAUGCCGUGGAGCUGUGCCAAGCAAACAAUCCAAACGACAUCACGAAAGAGGACUUCGCACGCGGCAUCGCGCCGGGGCCUGACCUUCGUUGGGUUCCUCUGAACGGUGCUGUGAGCCAGAAGCAACUGCAAUGGCUAGAGGACACUUUGAGAGCGGCGUCUGAGCAAAAGCAGCGAACCAUCUUGUUGAGUCACGUGGUCCUUCUGCCUGAGGCAACACCACGGGGCAACGGGCUGACACUCCUCUGGAACUACGAUGAGGUGUUGGACAUCAUUCGACGUGCUGCAGAUCCUCCUGUUGCUACAAUGUGCGGCCAUGCUCACCUGCCUGUGUGUGCUGUGGACAAGGUUUGUGGUACGCAUCACAUCACGCUGCCAUCUCCACUGGAGGUGGAGCCGGGGUCGGAUGCUUGCGCCGUUGUCCUGGCGCAUCACAACGGCGACAUUGAGAUCAAAGGCCGUGGGGACAUUGCCAGCUGCAGAUUUUCGAGAGAUCGGCAGAGACGCCUCGCGUGA